AUGGCUUCACCCGCAACCGUUGAGAAACAAGUAGGAGGGGAGAAGAAUGGCGGUACACGGCAGGUGCCAACUACCAAGGCACCAAGAUUCUAUCCUGCCGAAGACAUCCGCCAGCCAAAAAAGAGUCGUAAAUCACACAAGCCCACGAAGCUACGCGGCUCCAUCACACCGGGCACCGUCUUGAUCUUGUUGGCUGGUCGGUACAGGGGAAAGAGGGUGGUGUUCUUGAAGCAGUUGGAUAGCGGAUUGUUGCUGGUCACAGGUCCUUUCAAGGUCAACGGUGUCCCCCUCCGCCGAGUCAACCAGGCGUACACUAUCGCAACUUCAACAAAAGUCGAACUUGCCGACUUCAAACUUGAUGACAAGUUCACCGAUUCCUACUUCGCCAAAACCGUGUCCAAGGAGAAGCAGUCAGCAGAGACUGAGUUCUUUGAGGAUGGCAAGCCAAAGCCAAAGGAGCCGCUUCCUGAAUCGAAAACGUCGGACCAGAAGGAGGUUGACAAAGCUAUCAUCGCUGCCGUUAAGAAAUCCGAAAACCUCACGAAGUACCUCAAGGCCAGCUUCGGCCUGUCCAAGGGCCAAUAUCCCCACCAACUCGUCUUCUGA